GAAAAAUAAUUAUUUGAAAUAUGCCUACUCAAAGGCCAGCUUUUUCAAAAGUAGGGUUUUUGGCCGUUGUUAGGUUGGUAGCGCUAGCGCAUGUUUCUUUUCGGUUGUUGUAAGUGUCAAAACUGUCAACAUGAAGAUCGGACUUUGUGCGUACAGUGGGUACAAAAUAUACCCUGGUCAUGGGAAAACCAUGGUUAAAGUCGAUGGAAAGACCUUCACUUUCCUCAACUCGAAGUGCGAACGUGCGCAUUUAAUGAAGCGAAACCCGCGUAAAGUUACGUGGACCGUCUUGUACAGACGUAAACAUAAAAAAGGCCAGGAGGAGGAAGCUACCAAAAAACGCACACGAAGGACUCAAAAAUUCCAACGUGCAAUUGUUGGCGCUUCUCUCAAUGAUAUUUUAGCCAAAAGGAAUCAGAGGCCUGAAGUUAGGAAAGCACAAAGGGAGCAGGCGAUCAGGGCCGCCAAGGAGCAGAAAAAACAAACCAAAACUGCGAAAAAGGUGACACAGCCUGCCAAACAAGUGAAAAGCGUUCCGAAACAAAAGGCGGCCAAGAAUGUGCAAAAGGCCGCGCCCAGAGUUGGUGGAAAGCGCUAAUGUAUUGAUUUUUCAAUAAAAAAAUACGUUUGUGUUUUUUUAUUGGUAA